AUGCUGGGGACGCUCUGCACUCUCAUCACUGCUCUAACAUAUAUUGAUGCAGUGAUAGUGCUGACCCAGACGCCUGCUGUCCACACAGUUUCUACAGGACAAGAGGUUGUUCUCAACUGCAACAUUCAGAAAGAUGAUGGAUAUUAUGUCAGUUGGUAUAAACAGGUUCCUGGUGCAGCUCCUCAGUACAUACUGAGAUUUUACCAUUCUGAGAGUUCACCCACCUUUGGAACAGGAUUCUCCUCAGACAGAUUCAACUCUAAGUCCUCAUCAGACAUAGAUUACCAGUUCAUCAUUAAGCGAUCAGAGGCAGGAGACUCUGCUCAGUAUUUCUGUCAAACAUGGGACAAAUCUGCUAAGGAGAAUGUAUCACAAGGGAGAGAGAGAGAGGGAGAGAGAGAGAGCCACUUCCGUUGUGCCCUAAAUAAUCUUCCCCAUGGUCCUAAAAGCUUCCCGUUACACACAGGAAAAUUUAAUGAAAUCUGUCUGUUCAGUUUGCCCACUGAGUCUAAGGGUUUAGCAGAAGUGACCUGGUUUGGUGAUGGGUGUCCAGUGAGCAGUGGGAUCUCUACCAGCACCGCUGUUCACCAACCAGACCACACUUUCCAAAUCAGCAGCUACUUUUCCAUUAAACCCUCCCAAUGGCUCAUGGACAAAGUCUUCACGUGUAAAGUGUCUUGGGGAUCCCAGAGCUCCAAGAAGAACAUAACAAUGUCUGACUGCCACAUGAAUUAGAAGGGGACUAGAUUUAGUAGCAUGUUUUCUGCUAAUGCUGUUUUAGAAAUGUGAAAUUCUUACUUUGUUUGUUUCAAUUUGUGUUUUUGUUUUUUUUCUUUUCUUUUCUUUUUUUUUUUGUUUCCUUUCUAAGUUAGCCAGUUAGCCUUUAUUAGCUAAUAGCUUGGCUUUCAGCUUUUCUCAUUUGCAUGGAUUCCUUCAAUAAAAGCAUUUUUUUUGGAAAACCACUUUUCAUUUGUUUAUUUAGUGUGAAAACCAAAUACAAUUAAAUUUGAUUUAUAAUUCAUGGUUUCUUUCAUAAUGACUUCAUGAUGAUUGAUGAUGAUUUCUGUCUCUGAAAAACACUAAUGACCUUUUUAUUGAGAUUUCAAAUUAGAGAACCCGCACUCAACUGCAGCAACCACCUUGUUGUAUGUUAUACUUAAUUUUCUGCCCAUGUUUUUGUGUCUCUAGAUGAAUUACGAAUUAAAUUAAACAAUUAUUUUAAAGAGGGCUUACACUUGACCAAUUCAUUUAUAUGGGGCUAUAAUUAAGAAGACGAGGCCUGCAGGUACAUCCUGGUAAGGAAGAGGGGGAGGAGUAGAGAGGUGAUGCUUCACUGAUGGAGGAUGACAAUUCAGUUUCAGUUGCUGCUCAUGUUAUGUCAUUUUACUGCAACUAUUAUUUAAA